UUGUGUGCUUGACUGCACUGAGUGUGCGCGUGUGUGAGAGAAAGUGUGUGUGAUGCAGGGGGUGUGACCGUGUCAUGUGUGGGGAGAGUGUUUGACUGCUUCAUCACACCCCUCUGGCAUAGAGAGGGAGGGAGAGCGACCUUCUCCGACACACUCACUGAGGCUGUGUGUAAUGGUUGCUGUGUGUGUGAGCUGGUAUGUGAGCGUGAACGAGGGGUAUGAUUAUUCCUAUGGAAUAGGAAGAGCAACCAUGAAUACCUCAAAAGGAACCUCAGAAUGGUGGGAAGAAAAGGAGAGAUGACUAUUCCUUUGAUGCUUUGAUCAUUUGGUUUCCCUGCUUUCGGUUUGUUGUGGGAAUUACUUAUUUUAGCAAUAUAUAUAUAUUUUUUUUUGUACCAAGUUUAAACAGUUAAAGGACAUAGAAAUAGACAUCUAUGGAACAGGAUAUUUCAUGCAAUAAGUGAAGUCAAGAUAUGCUUCAAGUAGAACAGAGAUAUGAAGAGAAGAAAAUAGUUUUUUGUCCUGCUUGUUAGCGAGUGAGACUGGGUCACAGAGGACACCGUAUUCCAAGGGGCACCUCGCUGGGUCUGCUGGCCACUACAACAGCACAGCGACUUUCCUCUCAGGUCGGAUGUUUUGACAGGACUGCAGCCAUGCUUUGUGGUCUGAGGAGAGAGGCGAAGAACAGCAGCAUCGAUGAUGGACCAUACUCUAAGGGCAGCAAGGACUCUGGAGGGACCGACCAUGCCCUUACAUCCAGGAGACGCAGUAUUAAAGAGGACUACUGGGGCAUGACCACGUUGGACCUGAUUAAAAGGGAAGGCAGCAGCCUGGGCCUCACCAUCUCCGGGGGGUCCGAUAAGGACGGCAAGCCCAGAGUGUCUAACCUGCGGCCAGGUGGGCUUGCUGCCAGGAGUGACCAGCUGAAUGUGGGAGACUACAUCAAGUCAGUGAACGGCAUCAACCUGUCCAAGCUCCGCCACGAUGAGAUCAUCAGCCUGUUGAAGAACAUAGGAGAGCGUGUGGUUCUGGAAGUGGAUUACGAACUACCUCCUUUUGUCCAGAACACUCCCACAAGUGUUAUAGCUAAGACUAUAGAGGUGUGCCUAUACAAGGAGGGCAACAGCUUUGGAUUCGUCAUGAGAGGAGGGUUCCAUGAAGACUGGCACAGGUCUCGUCCUCUGGUAGUGACCUACGUACGGCAUGGGGGUCCAGCUGAUCGAGAGGGCACACUGAAGGCUGGUGACCGUGUGCUGAGCAUAGGCGGGAAGCCCUUACACCGAGAGAAGCAUGCUGACGCUCUGACUAUGCUGAUGCAGUGUAGCCAGGAAGCCCUGUUCCUGAUUGAGUAUGAUGUCUCCCUCAUAGAGUCAGUGCAGCAGGCCUCUGGCCCCCUACUGGUGGAGAUAGUGAAGUGUCCUGCAGCCAGCCUGGGUGUUAGCCUGGCUACUGCUGUGUACAGGAACAAACAGGUUAUCGUCAUCGACAAGAUCAAACAAGCCAGUGUGGUGGAAAGGUGUGGGGCAUUGCAUAUAGGUGAUCUCAUUCUGUCUAUAGACGGGACCAGCACUGAGCACUGUUCCCUGAUGGAGGCCACGCAGCUAUUGGCCCAAACCUCUGACAUUGUCAAAUUGGAGAUCCUUCCAGCCAAUCAGAGCAGACUUUCCAUGAGAUCCCAAGACACAGUGAAAGUACAGAAAAGCAACCUUCACCACUGGGAGCCCACUGCCAACUACAGCCACACCCAACACUGCAAGACAUGGAGCAGUCCCAGCCACCAGCUCAACCAGCAGGACCACUGCAAAUCCACCUCAGGGUACAGCAGCACCCUGCCCUGCCCCAUCCCCCCUGUCGCCCCCACAAGCCCCCACAGCACGACACACAAGAGAUGCCAGCGGAGUAAGGAGCACAAGAGCUCACUGUCCCUAGCAUCCAGCUCAGUGGGCCCUGGGGGUCAGGUUGUUCACGUGGAGACCAGCGAGGUCGUCCUGAGGGGGGAUCCACUCCUAGGGUUUGGGGUUCAACUGCAGGGGGGUGUUUUUGCCACAGAGACCCUGUCCACCCCCCCAGUCAUCCGCUUCAUCGAGCCCGACAGCCCUGCCGAAAGAUGUGGACUUCUGCAGGUGGGGGACAGACUCCUGUUAAUCAACAGAAUCCCUACAGAGGAUGGAACACUGAAGGAAGCCAAUCAACUACUGCGAAAUGCCGCUCUGGCCAAUAAGGUCACUCUAGAGGUCGAGUUUGAUGUAGCAGAAUCAGUGGUUCCAAGUAGUGGCAUGUUCCAUGUGAAGCUGCCCAAGAGGAGGGGAGUAGAUCUUGGCAUAACAAUCAGUGCAAGCAAGAGACCCGAAAAAGCUCUCAUCAUCUCUGACAUCAGAAAAGGAAGCAUAGCUCACAGGACAGGCACGUUGGAGCCAGGGGACAGGCUGCUGGCUAUCGACAACGUGCGUCUGGAGAACUGCACCAUGGAGGAUGCCAUGCAUGAGCUGCAGCAGGCAGAGGACAUGGUCAAGCUCCGGAUCCAGAAGGAUGAGGAUAACGCUGAUGAGCUGGAGAUGUCUGGUUCCAUUAUCUAUACAGUGGAGCUGAAGCGUUACAACGGCCCGCUGGGUAUUACCAUCUCAGGCACAGAGGAGCCUUUUGACCCUAUCGUCAUCUCAGGCCUCACCAAGAAGGGCCUGGCUGAAAGGACUGGUGCCAUCCAUAUAGGGGACCGUGUCCUGGCCAUCAACUGUAUGAGUCUGAAGGGGAAACCCCUGAGUGAGGCCAUCCAUCUACUCCAAAUGGCCGGAGAGACUGUCACCCUUAAGAUCAAGAAACGGCAAGACGAAUCGGAUGGGCAGCAGAUGUCGGAGCAAGCAGGAUUCCCGAGCGACACAGAGGAUGAGCUGACUGACUACCAGAAGACCAGUAAACACUCAGGGGUGUACUCUGCCACAGGGCCCAGUGUGUACUCUGCCAUGAGCUCCUGGGAUGGUUCCGGCAUCGACACUGGCUACGGCAGCCAAGGAACGUAUCUCCACCGAGGUGCAGAUUUGACCUUCCAGCCUAACGAGUGGAGACACACCAAACCGACCAGGACUCACCUCACCUCCACUGGCCUUACCGCCCUUACCCACCACUCCCACCUCUAUGAUGGGAGAUACGAUGAGGAUGACUGGGAUAAGGCUGCUGGAUAUGCCAGCCCCCCUCAUUGCCAUGGCACCCUGAACCAGGAGGACACCUUCUGGUCCCAGGCCCUGCAGGACCUAGAGACCUGCGGCCAGUCAGAGAUACUCAGGGAGCUGGAGGCGUCCAUGACAGGCAGCACUCUUAGCCUGUAUCUGGCGUCCCAGGAAGUGCUACAGAGCAGAAUCAGUCCUGUGAAGAGGGGUCCCAUCCAUGACGAGCCCAAAACCAAAGGCAACCUGCAGAGGUCCAACAGGACCAGGGACACACCCCCCAGAGGGAGAGGAGAGACCCAGGAGACCACAUCCCCUACAGCCCUGGAACUGCUGAAGGUGAGCCUGAGGAAGGACCCAGACUGUGGAGACUUUGGCUUCAGUGUGUCAGAUGGCUUCCUAGAGAAAGGCAUCUACGUCAACAUGAUCCGACCAGAUGGUCCUGCCAACCAGGCCGGGUUGAAACCCUAUGACCGCAUUCUGCAGGUGAACAGAGCGAGGACCAGAGACUUUGACUGCUUCCUGACUGUUUCUCUCAUCACUGAAGCAGGAGACAGCUUGGACCUGGUCAUCAGCAGAAACUCCCUGGCACAGGCAGAUAAGGGGCCACCUCAGGACUGCGAGGACCCUUCUGACUCCCUGUCAAGCUUCCUACAUUAUAGGACCAAUAGUAUUGCCCUGUGACAAAGGUCCAAGGGGGAGGUAAUGGAUAAUAGCACGUUCAAAUGGUGUUACACAUUAUACCAUGUGACAUGUAGGCACUGCACGUCUCACACACUGGUUUUGUUUUGUUAUAUCUCUUGUACAUACACACAGAAUCACAUUCAGAUGUGAGAAUACAUGUGUAUGCGAAUAAACACACAUUCAGUCACUAAUUCACACUCCCACAUACCUACAUUUGCUGUGACCAAUGUUAAUCAGUGUAUUCAUGUGAUCUAGAGCAGAGAAGGCUCAGUCAGGCUUCUGGGGCUGUUCAGGCAGAACCACAUGUAGUUACGUAACAGCUUCUGACUCAGCCUGCUCAAUUCUACAGAAAUCCCAGAGAAACAAACACACACUUCCCUCUCAGAGAAGGUGUGUUCGGGAUUCAGCACCAGCACGGUGUUUUUUGUUUUUGUUCAACAAAAAGAAAAGUGAAAUGUGUGCAAUUGUGACCCUAUGUGACCUCUUGCUGAGGAAUGGUGGAGUUGCACGUACACACACAUUUGACACACGAACGUGCGCACAUGUGGGUGUUGGAGGAGUGUCUUGGCUGGCUGCCCUUUCCUUCCCUUCAGCCCGGCCCGACCUGGCCAGCCAGCUUCCCUCACUGUUAGCGCCACAGAAAUAGGUAGAAUGCUAAGCUGGCGUUCACUGUUACUUGCCAAGUAUUGCAGACAUUUCUAUUUUAGAUACCCCACACUCUGUCCUAAAGUCUAAAGUGUUUGUGAAAAUUGAUUUGGGUCCAAGUUUGAUGGGCGUCACGUGAGGACAAAUACUUACCAAGGUCUUUUUUUAUCACACCUUCAUUGUUGCCGAAGGUUUCUUUCUCUUGUUACAUUUCUCACACCAUGUUAUUAGCUACUGGGUAGACUGAGCAGGCAUUUGUCAUUCAUUACUUUUUGGCAUCAGCGUUUUUGUUUCAAGGUUCUUGUCAAUGGUUUUACCUAAUCAAGUUCACUAUAUUUCUGAAACCAAACCACUCACCGUUUUUGCUUGUAUGCACUAGUCGGUCACCUAAAUCAGAUCCAUGUACUGGAAUUGACUGGCUUUAUCACUCAAUGUUUAAAUGUAUUGUACAACUAAUGGUGAUAAUGCCACCUUCUUUGUUUUGAAAAGCUGGAAGGAGUGUUCCUUGUCAUUAGAACAUAGUAUUCUGAUUAUGUUCAGGGAGAUCACUUUUCUCCUACACCUCUUUAACAUUCUACCCUCAAUAUCAGCAUAUAUUGUGAGGCCAGGUGUUUUUCCUGACUAGAAAAACCUCUUGGCCCUAGUCCUAUGCAAACAUGUUUCAGAAGGCAUUACACCAGAGGUACUUACAGUACAGUAUCAACUCUCAGGUGUACAGUAUCAACUCUCAGGUGUACAGUGGUUUCUCUACAAAAACCCUCAUAAGUGAAUCACAUCCCCUGACAAAUGUGGAACGAAAUACCUUUCAGUUGAGAUGAUGAAUGAUUUCAUUUGAACCUUUUAAACCCAUUUGUCUGUUGAGUUUUAGCCCUCAACACUCCAUAGGGUAUGGACUUUGAUUAGAGAGUAUUUUCCCCAGCUUCCAUGGCUGUCUCUCCCUCCCAUUAUAGUAAGCAUAAACAUGCAGCUAUAGGAUUUCAUGUCCCACCCAUAGAAAGCUUGCAUUGUUCACAAGGGGGAAUUUUAAAGCUUUUCUCUGCUGAACAAUUGCCAUCUCUAUCCUGCUCAGUCAGACAGAACCUUCUCCAGAGCUGUUCCUAUUUCAUCAUAGCAUGAUGUUUUUAUAAAGCUCUUACGCAACACGUCUCGCCCUGGCCUGCUUACCAAGUUGCCUCAGUGGAAAUACGAUUUGUUUCAUGUCAUGUAAUGUCUGGGGAAGAGAUGUGAGACUGCAGAGUCAUGCUGUCCCGUUCAGGACUCAACUCACUGCUUUUUAAUCCUCCGAGAGGAAACAUGUUUUAAGAAUGUUUUUAUGUUGCUCUCAAACUGCCAUACAUUUGAUACAGAUACCUGUUUUUGGUUCUAUUGUUUUUAUUUGAACUGGCGUUCUGCAUGUGUGGUUUUGUAUGUAAGAUGUGACAUAGUGCACUGUUUUCUGUACAGUUCUUCUGUUUACAUUGUCCCCCAGCUGCAUCCAAGCAU